AUUUUCCAUCGCAUAUUCAUUAUGUAGUAACUAAUGGUUUUUUAUAAAUGUAGAAUAAUUUUGUGACCUAAUUUGUUUAUUUUUUAUAGUUUUCUUUUAUUCUUUGAGUAUAUUUUUUCGAUCUUUGAUAUGAUAUUUUAAGUUUUAAUAUCUUUGAUUUGAAUUUUUGUUAUCUUAAACCCUCGAAAAAUGACUAGGCAUAGUAAAAAUAAUACCGCGGGCUCUAUUUUUACAUAUCAUGAGCGGAAGAAGGUCAAAGACUUUAAUACACUGAAGCAGAGGCUGGGAUCCUCUUCAAUGAGAAAGUUUGAACAGUGCUGGCUAUGUUUAGCCACUGCAGUGAAGCCUGUGACCACUCCUUCAGGAUACAUUUACUGCAAGGAGUGCAUUUUGAUGUCACUCGCAAAGCAGAUGGAAAAGAACAAGAAGUUACUGUCUCAAUGGGAAUCUGACAUGAAGAUGUGGCAGAAAAAAGAGGAUGAAAAGAAGGAACAGGAGGAGCUUGAAAAGAAGCGUAAAUUGGUUAUUGAUAAUUUGUACUCACUGGACUCGGCCAAGAAGCCAAACACUAAUGUUGAGACAAAGAAGAAUGUAUUUAAAGAGGAUUUAGACUAUAAACCUGGAGCGAAUUUUUGGGGUAUAGAUUCCUCAUCUAAAUCAAAUUCAAAGGAGAGGAAGACGGAAGGUCAACCUCCUCCAAAACCUAAAAAUUUGUUAUCGUGUCCUAUAUCAGGAAGACCCUUAAAAGUGAAAGACUUGAUUGAUUUAGAUCCAGAUACCCGGUCUACUUCAGAUUCCCCCUCAUCUGAAGUUGUUUGGCUCUGUUCUGUCUCGAAAAAACCAAUUCUUCACAACCAGGCCUACGCAUAUAAAAAAAAUGGCAAGAUAGUUAUGAAACAGUACGUCGGAGCCACCGAUAACCCCCAGGAUACAGAGUCUUUCGUAAGCCUAGUCCCAGCAGGGACGGCAUUUUCCUCACAUAACAAUGUAGAGGCCAAGAAAUUCAGGCCAUGUAUGCAGUAGAUUUCCAUUUCAGUUUUAAUCUGGCGUAAAAUAAUUUUCCAGCGUAUACUUGAGGUUAAAUUGAGAGUUUGCCACCUUCAAAAUAUUCAUUAAUAUAAGAAAUUUUAAUAUUAUGAGUGGUUUUUCAGUGGGAAGGUGUGGAAUAACGUAAUUUAAAAAUAAAAAGACCAAGUAAAUGUAAAUUUUUAAAUAACUAUUAUGGUAAGUCAACUAGUAAUAAAUGAAAUUAAAAUAAGUGGAAUUUUCGAGAAAAUGAUAUUAGUUUGUGAGAAUAGUCUCAUGAAGUAGGAAUUCAAGUGUUUGGGAAAGGAAUUUUAAGUAAGAAAUGUGGAAGGCAUAAAAAGUUGAAGGGAAUUUUGAUAAAAUAGGAGGAGUAAGUACGUAGUGUAGCUAUAAGUUUUGGGCGAAAAAGAAUUGUGCAAAAUGUUGUGCCAAAGUGUUUAAACAAGUUGAAAUAAAAUGUCUUGAAUCACCCCAACUUAGAAGCUUGGGCAAAAGAACAUUUUUCCAUAAACUUAAUACAUUUUAAGCAAAAAUCUUAUAUAUAUUAUUGUAUACUUUAUAUGUGUAUCAUAAAUAAAAUUUUAUUGAUAUGAUAUAUCACCAAAAUUUUAUGGAAACUUUUUUAUUAUAUUGGUCUGUUUUUAUCAAUAUAAAUUGCAAGUAUUAUUAAACACACUUUUUGUUUAUUUCAAUGUCUCAAUUACCCCGCUUCUGCGAUUCAUUUUGAUAACAAUUUUUUAUCAUUUUGAUACCUGUUUUAUUAUUUUGGAUUUUUUCAUUAUUUCUUGUAAAAUAAUUAGUGACGUAUAUUUUAACGUAAUUCCCUACUCCUUUGGAUUCUCUGAGGUUCCAUUCAUACUCUCCACUGAAAUUAAGUCGUUUAAUCUUCCUUGUAACAGCAGG